AUGGCCACCACCCCAACCAGCGCGCGCAUGGUGGGCGGACCCUUCUGUUCAACCUUGUUUACUUCGCGUCCUCUCGUGCCAAACCUUCCAACCUCAAAAGCAAAGAGGGCUUGUUGCAGAGUAAGGUGUGCUUGGUUGCCCUCUCCACCAAAUGGCCACCAAAGCAGGCGGACCGUCUCCAUCACUCUCCUUUUCCUCCACCAGUGCCUUUGCCUCUCCACCGCUACACACGCUAACGCCACCGGCAUUUUGGAUAAGUAUGUCAAGAAGAAAAAGCUUGACCCACUAGAAGUUUAUGUACCUGCUGUUAUAUUGACUCAAUCACAGAUUAAGGACUUAGAGAAAACAUUGGAAUCUGAACAGCCACAAUAUAGUACCUGUCGGUCUCUUUUGCGUUCUGGCCCUGCAGCAUCUCUUCGUGUAAAUAUUCGAGCAGUAGCAGAGUAUGCAUCAGAAGCCGGCAAUGGUAAAUCUGCUUUUAAUGAUGUUGACCAAUGCCUCAGAGCCUUGGAGGACCUUGAUUCCUUGUUUCUACGGGCAUCAAGAAAUGACCCAAAAGCUUUGCCUGCAUCAAUGAAAGAAAAGAUUGGUAUUGCAGUAGGUGCAUUGGAUAGUCUCCUCCAAACUGUACCACCACUGUUGCUCAAUAAAGGGAAGGCGAUUGCAGAUGCUUAUAGGAUCCCUGAAGAAGAUGUUGGACCUGAAAGGUUGGACCCAGAAAUAAAGCAGUUAGAGUCAAUAUUGUGACAUCCUUGAAGGGUAUGUUGUGAAUUUCUUUAUCUGCCAUUGAUUGAGACCGGGAUGUGUUAAUGCUUUUGCUGCUUCUGUAGGAGAAAUGGUUUUGACUGUGGUCACUGUGCACCAAAAUGGCUUAAAGAUGCUUUCAGUUGGGACUUGGGGAUCUAAUUGUUUGUUUUUCGGGCUGUAGUGCUGUACUAAUAUGGUGAUACCUUUGUUUAAUGAAAUUUUUGCCUACUUAUUAAAAGAAAUAUUUAGUUACUUGGUCUA